UAAUGGUGACAUUUUGUCAUGUUAAUGAAAUGCCUUGUAUUUUAGAAUAACAUCAACAUGUGCAAGAUAAACAGGGCUAUGGGUAUAACGUCUGGUAACAGAAUUCUAACAGUGGCUGCAAGUGGAACGCACGCCAUUUCGAAACUAAUUGCUGAUCCUGAACAAGUCGUUGCAUUGGAUAUCAGCACGCCCCAACUUCACAUGUCAAAGUUACAAGCAACUGGCAUAAAACUGCUAUCUAGAAUGGAGUUUUGCAGACUUUUAGGUAUUAAUAGAAAGUCAAUUUCCUCAACUGAGAGAAUAAAAAUUUAUCAACAUAUCAGGUCUUCCCUUGAAUAUGACACUAUGACGUUUUGGGACAGGAGUAUGAUGGACAUCGCAGAUGGUGUGCUUUAUUGUGGAGAAUUAGUUAAAGCAUGGUACGAUCCAAUUUGUGCUUUAAUACCCACGAUUCAUGAUGAAGCAACCGUCCAAUAUUUUUUAAAGUUGGGAGAUAACAUGGAAGAGCAGCGUCGGUUUUACGACCAAAUUUGGAACACAGCGAAAUGGCGCCAAUGUUAUGAAAGCAUGAUGAAGAAGGGCGAAUUUUAUUCACGAGUAAGCGAAUCAUUCGAAGAUGUUGGUGUAAAACAUGAGACUAUGUUUCCAAAUCUCUUUGACCGUGUGGUGAGACAUAUCCCAAACAAUGCAAACGAGUUCCUAAAACCACUCCUAACUGGUGAUAUGACGGAAGUGGUUCACUGCCAGCUUAUCUUAGAGAGGGGAAUUUUGAACUCAUAAAAGAUCGUUUGGACAGAAUAGAUUGGGUUCAAGGAGACAUUAUGAAAAACAUGACCGAUUGCGCAUCUUAAACUGAUUUUGAAAAGUUUGAUGGUGUUAACCUUUCCACGGUUCCUAUUUACUACGAUCGAGUUCCUGACAAACUUUAUGAAAUUUUGAAAGGCGCAUCGGCUGUAUGUAAGCCUGGUAGAAAGCUUGUGUAUUAUGUACCAUUUGAAGAACUGAAAGUUAGAUUCCCGAGGAAUAUGAUAGCAAAUGGUGAAAUGACAUACGAUGGUCAAGAUCUAUCGUGUGGUUUUCUCAUUGCGAGAUAUGCUACCGUCAAGUAAUAUAUCACCCCUUAAAGUGGGUAUCAAAUUGAAACUACAGGGUGGGACAAAAAACGUCCACAUUUUUG